CGAUCAAACGUAGACGCAGAACGUAGAAAUUCUCGAGUUGAUACUUUAAAUCGCGAACGUCGAUUGGAUGUAAACGCAGAACGUAGAAAUUCUCGACUUGAUACUGUUAAUAGACAACGUGAAUCAAGCCUAAUCACCGAACGUAGAAAUUCUCGACUCGAAAUUUUUAAUCGUGAACGUCGAUCAAGCAUAAACGCAGAACGCAAAAAUUCCAGACUCGAUAUUUCUAAUCGCGAACGUCAAUCAAAUGUAGACACAGAACGUAGAAAUAGCCGACUUGACACUCUUAAUCACGAACGUCGAUCGUUAAGUAUGACCGACCGAACACGAACUCGAAAGAUCCAGGAAAAUCGAUACGAUCGAGAAUCAAUUCUUUCGAACUCGUUAAAAAUUAGAAAAUCUACCUCUCGCGAUAAUACACCAGCCGAUCGAAAAAAUUUCCGAUCUGAAAUUAGAAACAUAAGAUUUAAUUCGUUGGAACGGCAACAAUCUGGUAACAGACUCGAGAAUUCACGAUUUGAACGAAGAAUGAUCGAUAACGAAGAUCGCAAACUCCACGAUCGUCGCACUCGUUCGGUCGAUCGACGAAAUACGAACACAUUAAAUCGCAAUAACAGACAUCUCGAUUUAGAACGUAGAAUAUCAAUUGAUCGUGCAUCCGAAUAUAUAGAUCGUCGUGAUAAUAGACGCGAACUUGUUAACCGUUUAUCACGAUCUCCGUUCUCUGAUAGAAAUUCUCGAAGAGAAAUCGAUCGAACUAGAGUCGAUAGAUCGUCGGAAUCUAGAGAUAACAACGAACAACGCAAUAUUCUAUUGAACCGCCGAAUUAUGGAAACACCGAAACUAAAUCGUCGCGAAGUUAACACUCUGAGACGUAGUUCGAUUCGAUCUUCAAAUAUUGAAAAUCUUCGAAAUUCUCUUCGUUACUCUUUCGAUCGAUCCUUAGAUCGUACGAAUAGAAUCGAACGUUUCUCGAACAAACGAUCGAACGAAAAAUUGACCGAACGUAGAUCAACCCUAGGAGAAAUCGCCGAUGAGAUUUCAUUUGUGGAACGAAGACGAACGCAAUACGGACAACGUCGCAUUUCAAGAACAUUAACACCCGAAAUUUCGAAUCGUAGAUCAUUUGUUGCACGAGAAUAUCAAGUUUCCAAUCAAGGAAAAAGAUUAAGCCGCUCGUUCGAUAAUUUAAAUCGAUUGAAUUCCAACGAAAGACGCGAAUCUGUCGAAAGUAGGCGCUUCGGAACGGACAACGAUCGUAGAUCAUCUGUUUUAUCGACCGACCGACGAGACACUCGACGACAACGAGAAAAUCUUGCACGAACUUCCGUUUUACUUCGUACGACUAAUCUCCAAGAACGACGACGUUUCAAUACAAGGAUUCAAGAACGAUAUAAUAGAAAAAUCGAAAGGACGAUCGACGAAAGACGUAAAUCCAAUGAUCCUAGCUUGGCCGAUAAAAUAGAACGUUCUAUGGAAUUACGAUCCCGUGAUCAACGUAGAAAUGUUCGAUCGAAUUUGAUAGUAACGCGACAUAACGAUUCACAAAUACGAUACAUCGAUCAACUUAACCGAGAAGAAAAUGUCGAUUUUGAUAUAGGCUUUAAAUUGAUCGAACGAUCUCGAAACAACGUUAACAAGAGAUCUUCGUAUCGAAGAUCAGUCGAUCUUAGACAAUCUAAUUCUCUUCGUGAAAAAACCAGGACCUCUGAAACGUCUACUUAUCAUCGAAAUACGAUUUUCGUUCCUAUGAUCGAUCGUGAUCGAUUAGAUUUAAUAAGAGAAGGAGCGAAGACCAGACGAUUAUUUGAUACAAAUCGCCGAACUCUGAUAAUGUCUCAAGAAUUCAGAAAUAACGAAUAUGGAAGGAAAACUAGAAUGAUAGCGAGCUUACUAAAAACGAACGUCUUCUCGAACUAUGAUUCCUCUUUCGAAAUUAUACGACAAACUUUCAUAAUCAUCAUUUGUAUCUUAUAUGGAUCAUCGAUGUCUAAAAAUAAUAAACUUUUUACAGGUAAUCUAAUGGAAAGUAUUCGCAAAUUUGCAUUAUGGUAAAGACUUUACGUCGAUACUUUGCUACUUCUAACAUGCUACUUCUAUGAACCUGCUCGUCGUUGCUGUAAUAUAUCUACAUAUUAUUUAUAUGUUAUCUAUAUAUAUUAGAGUAUAUCUGCAAAUAUUCGUCUAUGCAGUUAAUGUAGAACACAAAGAAAUAACAAAGUAAUAUAUAUAUAUAUAUAUAUAAAGUAUAUUUUUUGUGCGAAUAAAUUGUUCAAACGAAAA